UUUUUCCACCAAAAAAAGUCAUUAUCUUCUACAGAACAUUCAAAACACAAACAUCCAGUCGAUAUUUUUAGAUUAACUUUACUUAAAUUGUUAUAUUUCAGUAAAUAACUAGUUUAGAGCAGAACACAGGGCCGUCUCCAAACGGAAAGAAGCAGCUGUGAUUUAUUACAAAAACCAUCUCGCAACAACUCUAUUCCGCAACUUUGUGGCGUUGAGUUUGAACUAUUUCAACAUUUGCGUCAUUGUUACACCCGCCAUCAAUAGUUUGUAAAUUGAGAGAUAUUUGUUUAGUAAUCCUGAAACGGUGCAACCCCUCGAGCGCCGGAGGUCAUGCAUAAUUCAUGAGCGACUGCUGACACAGGCGUCGUAGAAAAGUUGAGUUUACAAACUUUGGGACAGGAGCAACAAGAUCUACCGAACUGACCGGAGCAAAGGGAAAGUAGCUACAUUUAAAAUUACUUUUCUCAUGUAGGGACACAUUUAGUUGUUCUCUAUCUUACUCUAAUAGAAUAGUUUUAUUGCGAGUUUGACGGCAGAAAGGUGAACUCUUUUUGUCCACACAGAGGGUUUAUAAAAGUUUGCCUGAGAGUAGCCUAGGCCUACUUCAGAAGGCUCAACGUUUGAUAUUUGUUUAAAGCCUCAACUUUAAAUCGUUUUUAUAUUUUCUGUAUUGCUCUACCUUUUACACUAAGACAAAAUGAGCAACCCACUUCAGCCAAUGCCAGGACAACAAGUUAUCCAUGUCGCGCAGGACUCGGAUACGGAUCUCGAGGCGCUUUUUAAUUCGGUUAUGAACCCGAAACCCAGUUCAUGGAGGAAAAAAAUGUUACCCGACUCUUUUUUCAAGGAGCCAGAUUCUGGAUCUCACUCCCGACAGUCUAGCACUGAUUCGGGCAGUCACCCGCCCAGGCUCACCGUACAACACGUACGGUCACAUUCCUCGCCCGCAACUUUACAGAUUGGAUUGGGAGCCAACCCAACUCCAAGCCCGGUACAUCACUCGCACAUCCGCCACCAGUCUUUCGAUGUUGCCGAAGAGUUGCCCCUGCCCCCUGGAUGGGAGAUGGCCUACACGUCCAACGGACAGAAGUACUUUCUCAAUCACGUGGAGAAGAUCACCACUUGGCACGACCCUCGGAAGACCAUGACGACAGCCAUGAACCAGAUGAGUCUCCACGCCCCCCCACCCUCUGCCAGCCCACAGCAACGCAACAUGGCCCUGUCCCAGCCCAACCUUGUGAUGUCCCAACACCACCACCAGCAGCACCUGCAACACACCCAGCAGCAGCCCCAACAGGCCCAGGCCUUGGGUUCACCUGGCUCCCUCCCCCAGCAGCAGAGCUCCCAGGCUGGGAUGAUGAGUCUGUCCAGUCCCCUGGGCGUGGUUGUCAGUACCCAGCAGAAGAUGAGGCUGCAGCGCAUCCAGCUGGAGAGAGAGAGGAUCCAGAGACGCCAGGAGGAGCUCAUGAGACAGGUGGCACUGUGUAGACAGCUCCCCGUGGACUCUGAGAGCAUGGCACCAGCGCCCACCCCUGGUGGCAACCCUGCCCAGCCCAUGACCCAGGGAAACAUGCCCACCAAUGGAUCUGACCCCUUCCUCAACAGUGGUCACUUCCAGCACUCCCGGGAGCAGAGCACAGACAGUGGCCUGGGGCUGGGCUGUUACAGCAUCCCCACCACCCCAGAGGACUUCCUUAAUAACAUGGAGGAGAUGGACACAGGUGAGAGCAUGGCCCAGGCGGGCAGUAUGAACGUGUCUCAGCACAGCAGCUUCCCAGACUUCCUGGACUCCCUGCCAGGGACCAACGUGGACCUGGGAACCCUGGAGGGAGCGGACCUCAUCCCCAUUCUCAACGAUGUGGAGUCAGUCCUCAACAAGAGCGAGCCCUUCCUCACCUGGCUGUAAACACACACACGUACACACACGCACACACGUACACACACACACACACACACACACACACAUCUUCUACAAACGCACACAUCUUCUACAAACACACACACACACGCCCAACAAACAGGACGAAAGACUCCACGUAUCUAAAGACUCUGUCUGUGCUGCCUUUGGUGACCUAUUCAAAUCAGCUUGAUUGAUUUUUCACGUGUCCAGUAAUAAUACCCUCUGUCUGCCCGACCACCUAUAAAUCUGAGUUCAGUUCAGGUUCAAGAUAUCUAAAGAGUAUUAACCAAAGCCUUGAGAGAACAAAAAUCUAAUCAAAUCAGGACACGUGUCAAAGUGAAUACUGUAAUGUAACAAAAGUUAGUAGUUUUGUAUGUUCUGUAAGACUCUCCCCACCCUGGUUUUUGAAUCACAAUAGAUGUUAUUUUUUACAGCUUUCCUGUCUCUCUUGGGGUGACACUCUCUAUGUGGAACAAGUACUUGGUGAAAAAAAAAAAUGUAUUGGCGUCCAAUGGUAUUGCUUUGUCAUGACUAAAUGUAUGCAGGGAGGCUUUUUUUUACCAAUAGGUGGCGCUAUUGCUUAAGCUACUGUAGUUAUGAAAUGGCUCUUUACUGGCAACAAGGCUGUCCCAUCUGUAGGUUCUUAGUAGUGCACGUCUGUCGGCUACAGCACUGUAAACCUUCUUCUCUAACAAAUGAUCAAUCACCAACAGUAUUUUAACUGUCAGUUUGGGUUUGAAUUCAAAAUCCACACUGUUACUGUUGUUUCUGUUCAUAAAUUCUUUUUUUUUUUAACUACAGAUUCACUUCUACAUCAGCAUUAGUAGCCAUGGGAACAAAGUGUGUUGUAUACCAAAUAAUGUUUCCUAUUGUUCGCUACAAUGUCACUACAAAAGCUUUAAAACUUUAAAAUUGUACUUAGUUUGAUUUUUAAACAGAACUGUUUUUAGUUUUUUGUCAUUUUAAUAAUUGUACUCCAAUGUAGCCAAUUGAACACUAAAAUGUCAUGCCUCAGUUAUGAAACAAUGUCAAAUUCUGUAUUCUAAUACGUACACUUUAAAAAAUAUAUAUCAUACUAUAGUAUUAGGUUUUUUUCUGAUCUGUAAAAUAGCCUACCUGGGUUCUUUGCAUUUGGUGCCAUUUGUAGGACUUAUAAUAUAGUUAGCAUUUUUUGUAUUUAUCAAGAGCUAUGAUUCUAUUUCUUUUGUUCAAUU